AUGUAUCACUCUCUGUUCCUACUUGAACUAAUAAUUCAACAAGUCAGUGGUCAAUCAUUUGCAACCUUACAGCCUGAAGUUCAUCCAUUGAUGAGAUGGGAAUCAUGCUCCUCCGCAGGCUGCUCUAAACAAAAUGGGUCACUGGUUCUUGACGCAGAAUGGCGAUGGAUACACGAGAAAAACUCAUAUACGACAUGCUUCGAAGACGGUCAUUGGCUUGAAAAGGGGUAUCCCAACAAGACACUUUGCCCCGACGAUGCAACAUGCACCGAGAACUGUGUGCUUGAAGGCACGGAGUAUCAAAGCAUGGGAAUAUGGCCUAAGAAUGAUGCUGUCACGUUGAAAUACUACAAUUACUUAGAUUAUUCGAUGUCCAAGGGCGCCCGGCUAUUUAUGUUAAGACCGGAUGGAAAGCAGUACAACCUGUUCAAGCUUCUGAACAAGGAGAUCAGUUUUGAGGUUGAUGUUUCGAAACUACCAUGUGGGAUCAGUGCAGAUGUGAAAUUUGUGGCUAUGGAUUCGAAUGGUGGGUUCAACAAAUUUCAGGGGAACACAGCGGGUGCUGCUUAUGGAACUGGAUAUUGCGACGCUAGCUGUCCCAGAGAUUUGCGGUUUAUCAAUGGGCAGGCAAAUGUCAAAAACUGGACAGAAACGCCCGAUUCUCCCGAGUCAACAGUCGCACAAUAUGGUUUCGGUCUCCGCGGAUCCUGCUGCGCACAACUCGACGUCUUCAACGGCAAUUCGAUCUCAAGCUCAUUCGGUCUUCAUCCAUGCAACUUCAUGACCCCAAAUCAACAUCAGUGCAUUGGGGACGGAUGCAAUCCAGAUGUAAGUUGCGAUGCUGAAGGCUGCGCUUUCAACACUUAUCGCAUGGGGAAUACCGAUUUCUACGGCCCUGGCGGGAAAGGCGUCGACACUACUAAACCUUUCACUGUGGUCACUCAAUUCCCAAGUACCUCAGACACAGACUCCGGAGUCGCGUUUCUCAAAGAGAUGAAGCGGUUUUACAUACAAAACGGCACUCGAUUCCCGAAUGGACGUUCUAAAAUCGAUGAGGUUCCUGGAAAUUCCAUCACCGGCCCCCUUUGCACCAAACAGAAAGAAGUUUUCAGUGAUGUGAAUGAUUUCGAUAAGUUUGAGGGGAUGUCAAUGAUAGGGGAAUAUCUUGCGCAAGGAAUGGUUAUGGCGAUUGGGAUUUGGGAUGAUAGAAAGACGGGGAUGGCGUGGCUUGAUGGGAAGUUAGGCGAGGGAAAGGGGGCUCUGAGGGGGACGUGUCCGGAUCCAGCGGCGAAUAUUCACGACUUGUUGAAUAGUUUGGAGGGAAGGAGAGCAAGUGUAUCUUUUGGAAAGAUUAGAGUUGGGGAGAUUGGAACUACUGUUUGA